CGACACUCCAGUGGAUCACCAACGGUUAUCUGGCCAUGAUGCGUGAAAUAGAUGACCAGUUGAAGGACGAGCAAGUAGAUCUCGUUGUCACCCCGGUAGGAGUGGGAUCUCUUGCACAAGCGGCGGUGGAGCACUUUAAGAGGGAAAGGAACACCACAAGUGUUCUAACAGUGGAGCCUGAUACAGCUGCCUGUCUGUGGAAGAGUCUGGUACGGGGCGAGAAGGGUCCCGAGCAGACCGCCGGGACCAUCAUGGCAGGCUUGAACUGCGGCAAUGGGCAUUUCUGCAGGGCCAUGUGGAUCUGCUUCCCUGGCGGCUGUCCGCCGGCUCACUGCUGCCGACAAGACGACGUUGGGCCUCACCCGGGAUUCAGUAGUGGUGCUUCUCUCUACAGAAGGUCGCCGGGACUACGAUACUCCCCUGAGUGUGUUCGCGGAUGAUGCUGUUACCUUGACCCAACAGUUGGUCCAAAUCAAUUCAGCCAGUCCUUCAAUGGGGACAUUGCCAGGUCCGGGUGAGACAGCUAUUGCCCAAUAUAUUGCAGCAUGGCUGGCGCACCGAGGUAUAGAAAGUCACUGGAUCGAGCCGACAAAGGGGAGGCCCUCGAUUGUGGGAAGGGUGAAGGGUUCCGGCGGGGGGGAAAGCCUCAUGUUCAACGGGCAUAUUGACACGGUAACGCUGGUUGGAUACGAGGGCGAUCCGCUGAGUGGAAAGCUCGUAGACGGAAAAAUAUAUGGUCGUGGCGCGGGCGAUAUGAAAGGCGGGUUGGCUGCGGCGAUGAUUGCACUGGCAAAUGCCAAAACACUCGGCCUCAAGGGCGAUGUCAUCCUAGCCGCUGUUGCGGAUGAGGAAGAUGGAAGUCUGGGUACGGAGCAAGUACUGAACGCUGGCUGGCGUGCUGACGGGGCGAUUGUCAAUGAGCCGACUGACCUCGACAUCAUCAACGCGCACAAGGGCUUUGUGUGGCUCCAAGUAGACAUCCACGGGGUGGCAGCGCAUGGAUCCCGCCCAGACCUUGGAACCGACGCCAUUUCCAAGGCUGGAUAUCUCCUGGUGGAGCUCGAUCGGUAUGCCGAACGUCUCCAUCAAUCCCCCGGGGAUCCUCGAACCGGACCAGGGAGCGUGCACUGCUCGAUCAUCAAAGGAGGCGAAGAGGCUUCCUCCUACCCAGCCCUAUGCUCUGUGGUGCUAGAGCGCCGCACCGUGGCCGGUGAAACAGCGGAGACCGUACGACAAGAAGUGCAGAGCUUACUAGACAAGCUUGUCCAUGACGUGUCCGGGUUCAAGUAUGACUUGAGGGUCGUAUUCCAACGACCUCCGUUUGAUAUACCGGCGGAGCAUCCCUUCUGCGCGCGGGUUGGAGACAUCGUCAGCGAAUCUCUUGGCGAAAAGGCGAACUUCUGCGGAGCGUCCUACUGGACGGACUGUGCACUGCUUGCCGCUGAGGGAAUCCCUACCGUUCUCUGGGGACCGCGGGGCAAAGGCUUGCAUGCCAGCGAAGAAUGGGUCGAGGCAGAUUCGGUGCAGCAAGUUACAGACGCGCUGACGGCUAUUGCCCGCCAAUUUUGCAGCUAG